AUGGCCGAGCAAAACCCCUUUAUUAUAGACGACGAAGACGAUGUCAUUCAAAUCCAUGAUGAAGAAGAGGUCGAGGGGGAAGUCGCUGAGGUUAUAGAUAUCACUGAAAACGAUAUCGAACUCUCUGAGCCCGACGGGGCCUUUCGAUCAGGACCCAAAGAGGAGACUUUACCUUCCUUUUCCUUGCGCGACCAGGGUUUCAUCGUACGACCAGGGAUGACCGUCGAAUUAAAGGCACCCAUCGGCAGAUUUGCGAUAAGCUUCGUCCGGGUUAAUUCGAUAGUAAGACUUCGGCAGGCUCACGUGAACAACGUUUCGAUAAGAGGCCACGGGUUCACGAGAGCCAAGGAGAUGAAUGGGAUGUUGCCAAAGCAACUCAACGAAUGCUGUUUAGUAGCAUCAGUUGAUACUCGCGACCCUCGGCCCUGGAGGGAACAGGCCAUUCUCGACAUCAACCCCGAGAACGUACUGACGACCAGAGAACUCCGUGUAACGAACGCCCCAUUUCCCCGGUACCGAGACGGAUCUGCAGAUAUGGCAAUCAAGAGACAACAGGUGAAGGACAUGGGCAUUUUGGUAUCCCGCUACAGCUAUGUCGAGUACCACCAGACCGAGAAACCUCGCGAAUGGUCAUUUCUUAGAGUGGAAGAAAAGGAAGCGGACGAGGGAUUUCGACUAUCCGACGACGUACUGGUGAAUGGCUGGCGCGGCAGUAAGGUUCCAGGAGGGUCGUUCCUACCCGCGGGACAGGAACAUGGACAUGGACAUGUUCACAAUGUUGACGAUCUUACAUCCACGCUUCCAUCACGUGGCCCAAAACAAGUGCCUUCCGAUCAGAAGUAUACGGCCGGUGAUACAUUUGCCGGAGCCGGUGGUGCUUCACGAGGAAUAACGGAUGCUGGAGUCCAUUUAGAGUUUUGCGUCGACAAUUGGGAGCACGCGGUGGCGUCGUUAAAUGCCAAUUUCCAGGGUCAAGAUACCACCAUUUACGACAUCGACAUGCAUAAUUUUAUUGUCGACAAAGAAAUUCGACAUCGCGUCGAUAUUUUACACCUGUCACCUCCCUGUCAAGUAUGGUCUCCGGCCCAUACACGACCCGGCCAGAAUGAUGAGAAGAAUCUCGCAAUCCUCUUCUCUUGCACCCAUUUGAUCGAAAAGAUCCGGCCUCGCCUCUUUACCGUCGAACAGACGUUCGGCAUUUUGCACCCUCGAUUCGAUAAUUUCUUUCAGAGCCUCGUCCAUGGAUUCACUGACCAUGGCUACUCUGUCCGAUGGAAGGUGGUGAACUUCUCUCACUACGGCCUACCUCAGCCUCGGAGGAGGUUGAUAAUGAUUGGUGCUGGUCCAGGGGAGAAGCUGCCCCCAUUUCCCUCGCCAACUCAUGGCAACGGUCUUAAGCCCGCAACCACAGCCCGGCAGGCUUUAGCAGCCAUUGAUGAGAGAAGGAGAUACCCUCUGCAUCAACCCUAUCUACAACCUUUCCCGACGCGCAAAGCGCCUUGGGACGGCGACAAGCCACUUCCCUAUACGGUCACAUGUGGUGCUGCCGAGAAUUACCACUGGUCUGGCUUGCGUCAGUUCACCCCCCAGGAGUAUGCCCUCUUGCAAGGCUUUCCGAUGCAUCACAAAUUCGCCGGAAGCUACAUCAAGAAACAGAUCGGAAAUGCAUUCCCGCCAAUCUUCGUGAAGUUGCUAUAUAAGCAUCUUGUCGUAUGCCUAGAUAAACGGGACAAUAUAAUCCGUCAGGCACAGGCACGCACCGAAGAGGCACCCUUUCAGACCCCGAGGAAACUUGGAAAUGUCGGGCGCAAUGAGGAGGACGAUGGGGAGGUUACCUUUUUGAGCAGCCGGAAACGACGCCGCCAAUUCGCUGUCGUCGAAUUGAUUGAUAACAAUAACAGCAAUUCCAGCCGAAGCAAAAGGGCGCGGUUGGUAGGAAACACAUCCCCCUGUCAACAACCGGCAGCAGCUCAAGCAAAGCAAAAGACGGUCAUCGAUCUGGAUGAGGACAUUUCCAACCUAGAUUUGGACCAAGAUCGAGACGAUGGCAGAUCCGACACCGCAACCAUACGUGAGUCCUCAGUAGAGGUAGACUCGCCGCGAGUGUCACCAGUACGACGACAUCCGGCACCACCUUCACAUCUACUAGGCCCCGGCCCAAACCCAAUUCGAGGAGGCCCAAGUACUUGUACAAGGACAGGUUCAAAGGCCAGUUCCUCCCAACAACAAACUCACAACAUGCAAGGAGAAACAGUCCGGAGAAAGCUGUUCUUCACAGCCCCACCACCCAGAACAGAACCCUUUAGCUCACCCAGCUCGACAAGCUCCACGAGUGCCACUACAACUUCAUCAGCGGAAUCGUCCAACGGCUCGAGUUCUUCGAGUCCCGUAGUAAAGAAGGAAAACCAAAAGGGGACCAGGAAGGAGCCAAUGGAGCUUUUCGACGACGACUAA